CACUCGGAUGCGACGGAAGAGGUGGGGCUGUGGCAGGAGGCUCCCUCGGCGGCUGUUGCUGUCCUCGUCCGUGGGUUAUCGGAAUCCCGGCCUCAUACCUCAGGCUCCUCUAGUCUUAUGCUCCACUGGAUCAUGAUCGUGUAGCUUACCUCCAUUGACGCUUUCAUCUCACGCCGUCAUCGAGUUUUUGCUCCCUUUGCGGGUCUCUUUUGGCUCAAAGGUCGCGGGGUUGGUGAUGAAAGCUGGAGAUUUGGCACCGGAUUUGCCAUUUCUUGGUUUCCCUGGUUAAAUUAAAGAUCCGACCUUCUUUUUUGGCGCCUGCUUUGUGUUUUUUUUAUUUCAGCAAUCUGAUGUUUAAGUCCUUGGAGGCUCUACUGUAUGCAACUUGAGGUAUCAGAGGGUUAUCUUGGUUUAUGUUUUUAUCUGCACGUCAAAGUCAUAUGUAGAUAGCAAGCGCCUUCUUAAUUUCAGCAUUGUGAAAGAAAGGAGGGAUUCUGUCAGAAUUAUUAUAUUUUUCAGUUCGGCAAGAAGAUCAAGCUAGUCGCAUAAAUGGACAAGCAGGCCAAUCAGAAGAUAGUGAAUUCAGAAUGUAGUAUUUUUCAGAAAUUUGCUUCUAAACGAGAUUCUGAACAUUCUUCGGUUGAAGAUCUUGUUAAUGGAGAUUCCUUAAUGAAUCCAAGGGAGUAUGUCAGGAACCAUGGAUCUCUUCUCAGUUUGCAACCAUGGAUUUUCAGAAAAGGAAGUUGUCCAAAGGAUAAGGAAAUGAUGAAGGUGCACGGUAAUCAUUAUGAGAUAACAGGGAAUGGAAUGGAUGAUUUCAGUAAUAACUCACUCGCAGAGAGUUUCCCAAGGAGUGUUAAUCUGAGUUUUACACAUGAUAGAGGUCAAAGCUCUUUGAGAAGCAGGUCUUCUCACCGCAAAUCAACUAGACCUCUUUCUUCCUUGGAAAACUGCCUCAUCCCUCAUCUGUACGAUGAAAAUUUUGAAUUUGAGGAGUUUGCUUUCAGUUCAUUUCCUUCUUCCACUUUAUCAAGCACGAGGCCGCUCGUUGUUACUGAUGGAAACAACGUAAUUAGCAAAUCCAGUUAUGGACCUGCCGACAUAAAUUUGCAUAGUGGCGCAGACAACACAAACAUGAAGAGUCUAUUCGGAGUUUCUCCUCUUCCUGAAUUUAGAACACCAAAAAGAAAGAGCAGACAGACACUGCCUCAUAAGUUAGAUCCUUCCAACACUAGAAGGCCACAGAGGCUUGCUCAUCACAAAGAUUCAGUUGAUGUGUUACAUGUCUUCUCUGUUGGAGUUAGCCUUGGAAUCAUAUCGACUAUACUAUCGAACAAAAAAGAAAUAGAGAAUUUAAAUGGCAUGUUGAAGACCUCAGAGGACUUGGUUCAUGAUUUGCAAGAGGAAUUGGAGAUGAAGGAUAUCGUAACUGUAAAAGAAUUGGCUCAUGAAGCUGGUGGGAGCCAGAAACCAAGUAUUGUGAAGGAUGAGAAUAACCAUAAAUGCUUGCCUGUGGAAGUGUUGAGGAGUGAAAUAGAAGCGGAGCUUGAGAUUGAGCUGGAGAAAUUAGAACUAAGCAUUAAUUCUUCCAGCCUCAAUGGAAAAAUGUCAGCACUUGGUGAGCUUGAUCCAGACCUAAUAGCUGAUUUUACAGAUGGAGAACUAAAAGCAGAGAAACUCCCUGGUAGGAUCUCUGAGGACCAGGCUAUGAAUGCAAGCAACAGCGACAGCUCCUCAGAGAACCCAACACACAGUGCGAACUAUUCGGUUUCACCACGAGAGUUGAGUUUACGUCUGCACAAAGUGAUUCAAUUCAGACUUGAAGAACGCAUUGAACAGCUAGAGAGAACGCUAAAGCAAACACAGAAGCAACUCCAAUUGCUAGAAUCAGAUCACCAUCUCUCUCAGAGAGCUUUCUCCAGCAGCGACAUGGGAUCUUCCUCGAAUCUUGAUAGCCCAACUGGCACCGCAGGAAACAUUGCCUUGGUUCAGCCAUUUUGCUUGAACCUCACCGCAGAAGCCCUGGAUGCAUACGACGAAGUUUAUGAAGAGUUUGUGCGGGCAUCAAACAUGGAGGAAAACCGACCAAUGACGACUUACUCGAAAGACCAAUGUGAACAUUACUUGCAUUCAUCUUAUGAGAAUUUGGUACAGGAAAUGCACGAGCCAAAAUCUCCUAGGAGGGAAUCAAUUGGGAUCCAGAAAUUGAAGAACAAGGAAACAUUCUAUGGCGAUGAGAUCGAUGAUGAGUAUGAUAAUGAUGACGAUGAAGACGAUGAAAUGAAUACUCUAAUCAAACAGAUUUUAGAGAAAACUAGGCAGGGAUCACCAACCGCACAACAUGUACAAAGAAUGCUGUCUUCCAUGGAUGACGAUUAACCAAAAAGGAUCAAUUGAUCAAAGGCUUGAGCUUUUCCCGAGAUUAUGUUCUAGUGGUAAGAGAAUUUUCUCUGCGCGAGAACAGAAUUAACUCUUUGGAAGAAUUGUUAGAACUAUUUCAUCAAGAGCAGCAGUAACGAUAACAAAAUACACAAAUUAGUGGUGCAUCCAUUCAUCAAAUGUACAUUUCGUCAUUGAAAUUGUUAUACAAAAAUUUUCAGUCGUUGGUCACUCACUGAUUAAUACAGAAAUUUAAUUAAGAUCUACUAUGACCCAUUGUAUACUUAACAAGGUGUAAAUAUGAUA